AACUCGGCGCCUGCGCACUGCAGCUCUAAUAUUGUUGUUGACAUGUCCGCCGCUGGGUCUUAACGGAGGAACCGCCGGUGGUCGUGUCCCCGAGAGACUGUCCCGCCGCGGCCGGGCCCCUGAUGGAGGAUCCCGGAGACCUGAAGUGAUCAUAGGAAACUCAUCAUAGUGAACAUGGUGUCAGGCAGAGACCUGAGGAGGCGUGGCUUCACCUGUACCCCGCACCUGUCCCGACACAGGUUGUGUUUCUUCUGAGUCUCCAUCUGUUUUGGUGAAGUAAAACCAGACUGUCAGUCUGAGUGACGGGCAGUGACAGCUGGCCCCGCCCCCUUCUCAUGACAGGCUCCAGGACUCUGCUCAGGGUGGAGCGUCCGUCCAGGAAGCGUCGGGACUCCUUUGGGUUGUUGGACGGUCUGGACGAGGACCGGAGCAGCUGCAGCACCGAGUCCAGCGGGGGCAGCGGCGCCUCCAGCCCCGAGGACAGCGAGGACGAAGAGUUGGGGGGAGGAGGAGGAGGAGGAGGAGGAGGAGGAGGAGGGCUGACUCCACUCACCCCCUCCUCCUCCUCCCUGACACUUAUCAAGACCAACGGACAGCUGUACACCUAUCCUGACGGGAAGACGGGCAUGGCCACCUGUGAGAUGUGCGGGAUGGUAGGAGUCAGAGACGCCUUCUACAGUAAAACCAAACGGUUCUGCAGCGUCUCCUGCUCCAGGAGUUUCUCGUCUAACUCCAAGAAGGCGAGCAUCCUCGCCCGACUGCAGGGGAAGCCUCCCACCAAGAAGGCCAAAGUUCGUCAGAAACAGCCUCUGAUGACCAAGCUGGCUGUCUACGCUCAGCAUCAGACCAACCAGCAGGGCGGCGUGAAGAGGAGCGUUACUGUGGACAUGUUUGACUGGGGUCACUAUCUUGGAGAUGGAGACGUGAUGGGAGCGUCGGUCAGCUGCUUCAAACAUGUCCCGAUGGGGAAGUCGUGGGACGACAUCGGCGAAGGCGUUCGGGUCGAAGUCCUGAACACGGACAGCGGCCUGCCCAUGAAGGUGUACUGGAUCGCUGGCGUCAUUAAACUGGCUGGUUUUAAAGCCCUGCUGAGGUACGAAGGCUUCGACAGCGACGCCACCAGAGACUUCUGGUUGAACCUGUGUGCGCCGGACAUCCACCCGGUCGGCUGGUGUGCUGCUGGAGGCAAACCUCUGGUCCCGCCUCAGACCAUCCUGCACAGAUUCACCAACUGGAAGACGUUCCUCAUCAAAAGACUGACGGGGUCCAAAACUCUGCCGCCGGACUUCUCCUCCAAGGUGCUGGAGAGCAUGAAGUUUCCCUUCAAGAAGCAGAUGAGGGUGGAGGUGGUGGACAAGACUCACCUGUGCCGGACGCGGGUCGCUCUGGUCGAACAGGUGAUUGGCGGCCGUCUGCGUCUGGUGUACGAGGAGUGCGACGACGGGACGGACGACUUCUGGUGCCACAUGUACAGUCCUCUGAUCCACAGCAUCGGAUGGUCCCGGUCCAUCGGGCACCGCUUCAAACGGUCCGAUGCAUCGAUGAAGCUGGACGCUCCGGUGGACGCUCCGGGGAAGCUGUUCGCCAAGGUGAAGGAGGUGGAUCAGAGCGGCCUGUGGUUCGAGGACGGGAUGAAGCUGGAGGCCAUCGACCCUCUGAAUCUGUCGGCCAUCUGCGUGGCCACGGUCAGGAAGGUCCUGGCUGACGGGUACCUGAUGAUCGGUAUUGAUGGAUCGGAGGCGGCUGACGGUUCUGACUGGUUCUGUUAUCACGCCACGUCUCCCUCCGUCUUCCCCGCCGGCUUCUGUGAGAUCAACGACAUCGAGCUGACUCCGCCCAGAGGUUACACCAGUCUCCCCUUCACGUGGUUCGAGUACCUGAAGCAAAGCAAGUCUGUGGCUGCUCCGGUCCAACUCUUCAACAAGGACGUCCCCGACCACGGUUUCCGCCCCGGGAUGAAGCUGGAGGCCGUCGACCUCAUGGAGCCUCGGCUGGUGUGCGUCGCCACAGUAACCCGCAUUGUCCACCGGCUGCUGCGGAUCCACUUUGACGGCUGGGAGGACGAGUACGACCAGUGGGUCGACUGUGAGUCACCGGACCUGUACCCGGUCGGGUGGUGUCAGCUGACGGGAUACCAGCUGCAGCCUCCUGCUGUUAACACAGGUUCCAGAGAUCUACAGGCGUCCAAACAGAGGAAGAAGUCCCAACAGUACAAGGGACAGAAGAAAAAGAGGAAGCUGCCCAUGGCUAAGCGACCUGUCAGUCUCUCUGGUACCGUGGUAACAGUCGUCCCCAGGAGUCUGUCAGGGGACGAGAACGAGACGCCGCCAGAUUACCCAUCACCCCCUGCUCCCGCCACAGCAGCCCAACCACCGUCCGCAGAGCCAGAGAGCAGCCGUCACACUGAGGCUGAGACAGGUUCACAGGUCAAAAUUCACACGGAGGUAAACAACUUCUGUCCCGAGGCCACGGAAACAGAAACCAACGGAUCCUCUGGAGAUUUCUACGACAACCAGGACCCGUAGAGUUUUAAGCAUCAUGAAUAUACUAUAAUAUAUAUAAGUAUAUGCGACACCUCUGUGGCCAAAAAUCUGAAGAAGAGUUAGCGUUGGCAUGUUGGUGUCCAGACCUGCCGACUGUUCUCCAUCCGUCAGAUAAGCAGAAGGGUAAAACUAUCGCAACUGAAGAAUCCGUGUUAUCGGGAGCGGAUCCGGACAAACGGGUCGAUCCAGUGAUGAUUCUCUCUGUUGUGUAACAUGGCGUUGGCCCGAGCUGAGGUUUGCAUGAGGUGUGAAAUGAUUUUGGGGCUAAUAUUUGACUCAUGCUCAUUGAGGUAGUUCUGACUGGGUCAUCACUCUUUUCUUUUCUUUUUCCAAAGAACAAAAUAUAAUUUCAGCACGUAGAUUUUUGACCUGGUGGGAAAAAGCCCUACUCUCUGAACUAUGGCUGCACCUUCACACUCAGACGACAAACAAACUAACAAAUGAAGAAAGAGAAAAUGAAGGAGGAGAGUUGGUGUUGCUCUGAGAAAAGAGGAGAAGAAACACAAUGGAAUCACUUUUGUAUUACGAGUUUCUUCACGCCGAGAUCUUUGUUGUUUUAAUGAAGCUGUCAAAUUGAGAUUAGCACUCAUUUAAAUACUGUGUGUGUGUGUGUGUGUGUGUGUGUGUGUGUGUGUGUGUGUGUGUGUGUGUGUGUGUGUGUGUGUGUGUGUGUGUGUGUGUGUGUGUGUGUGUGUGUGUGUGUGUGUGUGUGUGUGUGUGUGUGUGUGUGUGUGUGUGUGUGUGUGUGUGUGUGUGUGUGUGUGUGUGUGUGUGUGUGCGCGCGCAUCACAAUAAAAAAUGCAACUUUUUCCAAAUACGUCCUAAUUCUAUAAGUGGUCAAACGGAGCUCCGCCCCUAACUGCCCACAGGAGAUUAUAGUUUUCAUGAUCCUGUUCAAGUGGAUCUAAAAUAAAAAUCAUAAUACAUAUUUAUAUUUAUAUAAUUUUCUGCUUUUAAUUCUUCUCUCAAAUUCUGCGUCAUAUUUCACUGAAGCUGAACGAAACAAAAGAUUCACAAUUCAAAAGUUAGUGAACAAACCUUCAGACGAUGUUUGAUAAUGACACAACGUGACACAACGCGAUUGUAUUUAUACAACAUUCAUUUUAGGCUUUUUCAGAAAAACAUACCCAGGUUGUCUCUUAACAAUUAUUGUUUUUAAGAUUACGUUAUAUACGUCAUAACGUCACGUGAUGUAAUGAUGAUAAAUGUGAAACACUUUCGGACAAAAAACUUUACAAGUUUAUGUAAUUUUGAAGCUAAAAAGUUUUAUUUAUCUUGAAUCACUAACUUGAUACUAUUGAUAAAAAAAGUGUUUAAUUAGAAUGAGAUUCAGAUUCUUUAGAAUUCAGUAGUUAGUAAUCAAAAUGAUAUGACAGAUUAUUUCAAAAACAUUUUUUGUAAUAGUAUAUUUGAUUAAAAGAAAAUUGUUAUUAAGUUGAUCAGAUUUUAAGAAACUGAUAAACACAACAAAGUUUAAUUUAACAAAAUAUGUGUAGUUAAGUAAUAAAGUUAAUUUGAUGAACUUUUUGUCAAAGCUUCGUGCUUUGUAACAUCAUCGAUAAAGUAAAAUUAACGUGUUUCUAAAAUUGAAUGCUACAAAUAUAAAUAUUUAGAUUCAUGAAAAUGAAUAUAAUUAUAUUCGUGCUGAAGUGUUAAAGUUAGUUAACAUGAAUUAUAAACAUAUUGGAUGUUUCAUUGUAGAUUAAUUUGCAGUAGAUUAAAGUGGACUCCUAUCAGCCUUUAUAUAUAAUCAACAAACCAAAAUAUUUUCUAUUUGAUCAAUAACUGCUCAGAAUUAUAACAUUUUCUUGACGUGGAUUGUGAACUUUUCUCUCUGUGACGUUCAGUGUUAGUUUGUCUGUAAAUCUGAAUGUAUAGACACAAUAAGAUGUAAUGUAAGUUAUAAACUAUCUUAGUGAUUUUUUUAAAUAACACAUUUGAAUGUGAAUAUUCUCUCAUUUGUUUGCACGUGAUUUUCGUCACAGCUCGAUCCUUCGUGUCUCCGGACUCUGACUUUACUCUCUCGUGAUCUAAUCAUAAUCAAUAACUGUUCAAUAUCACAUGUAGAUGACAGAGUUAAUGUCUCCUGACAUUUAUUCAAUUAAUUUUCUUGUUAACUCAGAACAAAGUGACAAUCUAUCUUUAAUUUUGUCAAUGAAAACUAUGAGAGAAAAUGUUAUUGCGUCAUAUUUGCGUCUCUUCCUGGCGUCACAAUAAUCAAAUGAUUAAAAUGUGAAUAAAUCUAAUAUACAGUUAUGUUAAGGGAAGUGACAAAAUGAACCUUUUCAUCUAGAUGAAUGUCGUCUGAUCUGCCAGGAGAAGAAAAAUUUACAUAUGAUGAAUAUAGAACAUGUAAUAAUGAAUGCAUGUAUAUAAUAUGUACUUUAUAAUGAUCUAAUUUCACAGAACGUACAACGUUUGACUGACUCAUAAUAUUAAUAUAGUUUUGCCUUCAAGGAAAUGGGCUUCCAAACUACUUCUGUUUUAAUCUAUAACCUAAUCUGAUCUAUAAUCUAUAAUCUGAUCUAUAAUCUAUAAUCUAUAUGCAGCACAGAUGUUCUAGUCUGUGGGUUUUAAACUCUGGUGUGUGAGCAGCCGUCAGUCGGAGCUUCUCGCACAAUAAACUUCAAGCUGUUUAUUAGUGUGUGUGUGUGUGUGUGUGUGUGUGUGUGUGUGUGUUAUUUAUAUUAUCACGGUGCUAUGUGUGUCUGUAGAUGAUAUAAACACUUUGAUAAUUUUUCUAUGGGACGAACUCGUUGUUCUUGUUUGCAAAAGAUUUUGUACGAGGCGAAAAUGACUGAUGUGAAAUGUAAAUGUAAAUAUUCAUGUUUGACGUGUUGAUGACUUGAAUCUUCUGGAUGUUGUUGAUGGGUUUUAUGGAUUUUAUAGAAUGUUUGUGGGUUUUUAAAGUGAAAAGAGUCGUUUGGGAUCCAAAGAUAGAAUCCAGAUUUGAAUAAGUCGGCGUCGGUUCUGCUUCAUGUUUUUCAAUAUUGUUUUGUUUUCGUACAUGUUGAAGUUAAUGCAACAGAAAUCAAUAUACAGCCAAGAGAUGUUUCAUAAACAUAAUGUCUGCAGAGCCGAAACCAAGACUGAAGAAAUGUUUUACAAAAGUAUCAAAAGGAGUUGAUCGUGUCAAUGUCUGUGUUGUUCACAUAGAUAUGAUAUAUAUCAUGUAAAUGUACUGAUGUUAACUCUUUUUUUAAAACAUGGUGCAGUUUUUGGCGCAUGAUUGUGAAGAAAUUAUUACAUGUGGUUGUAAAAUAAAUGACUCACGACAUUUUUUAAGAAAUAAAACAAACUGAGAAAAUA